AUGAGUUAUCCCAAGUCAUCCCCCAGCUCCACCUUCCUGGUGUCUCAAUGCAAGUUCCUGUUUCAAGUGAAAUACCACAAUAAGAUGCAGAGAUCAGAAACUGGAAAAACAGGAACAUACAGAUCAUUAGCAGCAGGGCACCUUCUGAACGGCUCAGAAAUGGAUGCAUCUGUAGUACAUACAGCUUCAGAGGGUAUAUACAGUGGACUGGUCUCUCCAGACAAUGCUGUGUACAGCACCUGGGGCCAGACCUCAAGCAACAGCCCAGAACCUCUGAAAACAGUAAGUUACGAUGAGGACGUAACCUAUUCUGAGGUGAAAACCACUGACUUCUCCUUCCACACAGUGUCCCAACAGGAACCAGCAGUGCAUAUUAACACUGCAAUACUGAGAGGGGAGAAAAGUGGACAAAGCUCACACCCCUACAGAAUGGCUGCAGUGUGUCUGGGGCUGCUGUGUGCUGUCUUACUGACUGCCAUCAUAGCCCUGUCUGUCCACAAUGCAAGCCUAUCCCACAAAUAUUCAACAAUGGAGAGGAAUCUGGAGCACCUCAGAGCCAAUUACAGCAACAUCAUUGAAACCAGCAGCCAGCUACAGAGAUACCACAACAGAUUCCUACAGAAAGUCCCCCUGUUGGAGAAAUACUGCCCUCUUAUUUCACAGAAGAGAGUGUGUAAACCCUGUCCACAGGGUUGGGAGCAGUUCAGAUCCAAGUGUUACUACUUCUCUACUGAGACUAAGUACUGGCUUCCCAGUCGCAGUGACUGCCUAGGACAAGAUGCUGAUCUGGUGGUUAUAGACAGUGAAGAGGAACAGGAGUUCAUCUCCAACCACACAAAAGAAGGUGAAUACUGGAUUGGAUUGAGUGACUUGGAAACAGAGGGGACCUGGCUCUGGGUUGACAGAACUCCUCUACAGAAAGGAUUCUGGAGGAAUGGAGAGCCUAAUGAUUAUUACAUGAGUAAGAAUCGCCCAAACCAUCGGUAUCCAGAUGCAGACUAUGCAAGCCUAUCCCAGGAAUAUUCAAAAAUAGAGAGAGAUCUGGAGUGGCUCAGAGCCAAUUACAGCAACCUGACUAAAGGCAACAGCCAGCCACAGAGACACCACAAUAAAGUCCCUCAGAAUGGAUCCCUGAUGGAGAAAUACUGCCCCCCCAGUUCACAGAAGAGAGAGUGUAGACCAUGUCCACAAGGCUGGGAGCAGUUCAGAUCCAAGUGUUACUACUUUUCUACUGAGUCGAAGAACUGGACAGACAGUCACAGUUACUGCCAAGGACAAGAAGCUGACCUGGUCAUUAUAGAGAGUGAAGAGGAACAGGAGUUCAUAACCAAACACACAAUUGAAGGUGAAUAUUGGAUUGGACUGAGUGACUCAGAAACAGAGGGGACCUGGCUCUGGGUGGACAGAACCCCUCUGCUGAAAGGGCACGCAGGUCAGUCCAGCCAUAGGAUGCCGCUGAGACAGAAGCCAGUCCUGCCCAUAGAAGGAAGACACUGGUACCCUGGAUCCAACCAGGGAAAGGGUCAGAGCCAGGAGGUGGACCACAAUAAUGCCCAGGAAUGA